CCCGCUCUCGCCCUAUAAAUUUCCACCGCUUCUUGCUAUUUCUCAUAUCGGUCAUCAUCGCUAUCAUCCAUCAGCUGAGCUACGAUCGGUUAUAUAUAUUCACUCCAGUCCAGUGAGGUUUCAAGUCUAUCAAAUUCGUUCAUUCGUUUGGUUCGAUUUUGGGUUUCUGUUUUCUGGGGGGGAAAUAAUCGGAAGAAGAGGAAAAGUUUGAUUCUUCUGUGGAAGAAGAUGGAGAGCGUGACACUGACAGGCUUGUUGAAGAAGGCGGCCUCGGAGUUUCCCGAGCGGAGAGCCAUCUCUGUGUGCGGGAAGUUCGACUUUACGCAUGCCCGGCUGAAUGAGCUCGUCGAGCACGCCGCCUCCCACCUCGUCGCCGCCGGCGUCGGCCCCGGCGACGUUGUCGCCCUCACCUUCCCCAACUCAGUCGAGUUUGUGAUCAUGUUCCUGGCAGUAAUCCGGUGUCGAGCCACAGCCGCUCCACUGAACUCUGCCUAUACGGCGGAGGAGUUCGAGUUCUAUCUCUCUGACUCCGAGUCGAAGCUCCUGUUGACGCCCCAGGGAGGCAACGAUUCCGCCCAAGCCGCCGCCUACAAGCUCAACAUCCCCCAUGUGACCGCCACACUCCCCUCUCCCAAUUCUAAGAUCUCCCUUUCGCCUAGCUCGGAGGCGAAUCUCGAAUCCGUCUCGAAAAUUACCAAUGACCCCGAUGAUGUUGCCCUGUUCCUCCACACAUCAGGCACUACAAGCCGCCCGAAGGGUGUGCCAUUGACUCAACUGAACCUGGCCUCAUCAGUGAAGAACAUUAUGUCGGUUUAUAAGCUCACUCAUACGGACUCGACGGUGGUCGUUCUCCCACUGUUCCAUGUCCAUGGGCUGGUGGCGGGGCUGCUCAGCUCCCUUGGUGCUGGGGCUGCCGUAGCCCUGCCCGCUGCAGGGCGGUUUUCUGCCUCAACUUUUUGGGCUGAUAUGAAAGAGUAUGGUGCCACAUGGUACACUGCGGUCCCAACGAUCCACCAGAUCAUCCUUGACAGGCACCUUAGCAAGCCCGAGCGUUCAUACCCGGAGCUUAGGUUUAUAAGGAGCUGCAGUGCAUCCCUCGCCCCGAGUAUUCUCGAGCGGCUUGAGAAGUGCUUUGGGGCUCCUGUGCUUGAGGCCUAUGCAAUGACAGAGGCAUCCCAUCUGAUGGCUUCGAACCCAUUGCUGGAGGAUGGCCCCCACAAGCCCGGAUCUGUUGGAAAGCCUGUGGGCCAGGAGAUGGCGAUCUUGGAUGGGAAUGGGGUUAUCCAGAAGGAGGGUGUCAGCGGUGAGGUUUGUAUCAGGGGACCCAACGUGACCAAGGGUUACAAGAACAACCCGGAGGCCAACAAGCAGGCAUUCCAAUUCGGUUGGUUCCAUACCGGAGAUCUUGGGUACUUGGACUCUGAUGGAUACUUGCACUUGGUUGGUCGUAUUAAGGAGCUCAUCAACCGUGGAGGUGAGAAGAUAUCACCAAUUGAAGUGGAUGCUGUGCUCAUAUCGCAUCCUGAUGUUGCCCAAGCUGUCGCCUUCGGAGUUCCCGAUGAUAAAUAUGGUGAAGAGAUAAACUGUGCCGUGAUUCCAAGGGAAGAAGUGAAGAUAUCAGAGGGAGAAGUGAUCGAGUUCUGCAAGAAGAACCUUGCGACCUUCAAGGUCCCGAAGAAGGUCUUCACCACCGACUCUCUCCCGAAGACCGCUUCAGGGAAGAUCCAGCGCAGGAUCGUGGCAGAGCACUUCCUCACUCAGAUCUCCACCGCCAAGGUCCCGAAGUUCGGUGCUUAAUCACAAGAUCAAGGCAAAUCAUCUCAUGGUCCCCAAGACUAGGAAUGUAGCACCAAGUGCUUGCUGCUGAAUGAAAUUAUGAAAGUAUUAGUUAGGGGGGUUAUUUGGUCCCUCCUCUAGGGGUUGGGAGCCCAGCAGCUCCAUUCACAGAGCUGGGUAAUGUCGAAAAGGUCGCAUUCAUUUCUUGUGUACAUACGCAAUUAAUGGAAUAUCAAUGGAUUCAUUAGUAUUAAACUCUUUUAUCCCCA